AGCGUAGCCAUUUCGCCCCUCUCUCUCUCUCUCUCUCUCUCUCUGUCUCUCGCUCGCUGAAGACCAACCCGAUGGUGUCGGACUCGUACAUUCGCUGAAGCUGCCCCUGGAAAAGGACAAAAGAUUAAGGAGCUCUACGAGGGAUCCGAAGGCGUUUCGUGGCCUUGGAGGGGCAUUUGCUUCGUCGGCCGCUGCCCCGUCGUUACGCGAGCCGAGAUGAGAUCCUUUCCUCUUAGGUCUUCCUUGGCUGCUACCAAGGGUUAAAGGAGACGGCUUUCUCUUGUUUGGCUCUUGUACUCGAAAUAGGGAGGAAGAGGAAAAGGUCUUGUGCUUCAGCAAAUGCGCAGUUUGUUCAGCCAUUAUCAUAGAUAAACUUCGUCGCUGGAGAAGGAUUGAGAUAAAAGAGCGUAUUUUGUACUUGUGGAUGCAAUGUUGUUACCAAAGCAAUAUCGUUGCACUCAUUCAGCUGCAUGCAUAUGCAUUAAAGGUCACCUGAGCGAGGAUGCCAUCUAUCUCAUUUUCCAACAUCUGAACUGGAACCCUAGACUGAUUGCUCUAAUGUCCUGCGUUUGCAAAUGGUUUGAUGAGAUCUCCAAGCGGAUCUUGUGGAAAGAGUUUUGUCGAACAAGGGCCCCGAAAAUGAUGCGGGAUUUGCAAACCUCUGGAAGUCACAACGUUGAUGGAAACUGGAAGGCACUCGCAAAGCUUCUUAUCUAUUGUUCAGGUUGCAGCCAGAGAACCCUUUUCGAUCUCACCCAUGUCCCAGGUCAUUUUGUUUACAAGACUAGGUUUUCUAAGACUUUAGGAAAGAGUUUUCUUAUCCCACAGUGCAGGAAAGAUGUGUUGUAUGUGUCGGACCUCUGUGAACAUCUUGAUCAAGGAGAUGAUGGUGAUGUAGGAUUUUUCCGAGGUGUGUUUGAGUCGUUUUCUGUUUCAAGGGUUAGAAAGAUGCUGAUCGAUAGGAAGGCCAGUCUCCAUCCUUCGGAGGUGUGUCCAUAUUGUAAGGCAAAAUUGUGGAACAUGCUGCAGGCAAAGUUGAUACCAAGGAGUGCCGGCAUCAGAUUGGAUGCUUAUGAUGAUAGCAUCGAGUGCUAUGUUUGUCUCAACGGCCACAUGCUUGGAGCAUGCACUCUUCAACCACUCUCGGAUUCUGAGGGGGCAUCUGAUUUCGACGAGCACAAGGAUCGAUUGAAGCCCAGAAUUCUGAGUGCAACCAUGUAGUGAUUUUUGAUCUACCUGGUUAAAGGCCAGAGGAAGGAUCAAAUGAAUGUUCCAUGGAUUUCUCCCAUUUGAUCAUGAAAUCAUACAAGAAUUGUUUGGCUCGGUAAGCAUACAGCCGGAUGUUCUCGAGUGAGUUGUAUGACUUUUCAAGGUCAACGGGUAGAAAUAUCCAUUGAUGUAACACCAAUUACAAUUUCAUAUUUAGCUGAGAAUUAACCUUGACCUUUUUA